AUGGAGUUUUACUUGGAGAUCGACCCUGUCACCUUGAACCUGAUCAUCCUAGUAGCAAGCUACGUCAUCUUGCUCUUGGUAUUCCUCAUCUCCUGCGUGCUGUAUGACUGCCGAGGCAAGGACCCCAGUAAGGAGUACGCUCCUGAGACCACUCUUGAUGCCCAGCCCUCCAUCCACUUGGUGGUGAUGCAGCAGAGCACGUCAGGGGACCUCUGGGCAAGGAGGCCCAGCCUUCAUUUGGGGGAUCCUGUUCCAUUAGGGAAGAAAAGCACAAUGGUGUGAGGUCGGCCAAGGGCUACUGGGGAGAGAGCACUAGACAUUCUGGACAAACUGUUCUCCACGUGGCUGCACUGGUCUUGCUGGGCUAUGUAAGUGGGAGUUCUGCCUUACCUUCUACGUUCUUGUCACCCUCUUUGUGGAUGAAGCAAACAUUUAAGGUAAGAAGCCUGAAGUGGCCUUUGGUCAAGUUCUGCGGAUGCAAAAACCUCAUUAAUACUCUUGUAUAGUGAUGUUGGUUGUUGGUCCCUUCCUGGUGAUGCCCUUGCCAUUUCUAGGAGAGAUUGACAUUUGAUAGGAAACUCCUUCUUCCCUCCUAGGUUCUUUGGCUGGUCUAAUAACUACAUUGACAUAAAACAGAUGAAUAGGAGAAAAACAAGUUUAAUGUUUACCCUUGGGGCCCUAUAAAAAAUAUGAGAC